GGGGGCGGGGGCGGGCACGGCCAGCUGACUGACAGCUCGCGCGGGCCGGCGCCUCAGAAGGACCCGGGUCUGGGGCCGGCGCAGUGACCGCAUUCCCGAGCCAAACGGCGCCCGGUCGCUCCCCGUCCGCCCGGCCGGCCGGCCGGCCCCCGCCGCGAGGGCACAGCUGUUCUCAUUAGGGAAGAAUAAGCUUGAAUCCUGUUUUCUCGAUCUGAGCAUCUAGAUCUGAAAAAGGACACCAGCGGAGGUUAUCUGAGAUGUGUUUCAGCAGAUGCCUUAGGGCCCCGUGGGCCGCCCCAGAGGACUCAGUCCCGGUGGCCAGCGGCUCCCAAGCAGCUCGCGUGCGCUCGGCCUCAGGCUCCCGCUGACGCGUCUGGGAACCUCGUUCACCGGCCCCCGCCCGGCAUCCUUGCCGGCAGUGCCCCCCACGCCCCUGAGCCAUGGAGGCCCCCGAGGUCCCCGUGGGCCCGCUGAUUGACUUCGGGGCUGGGGCCAAGCCAUCCGCCUCCUCACCCCUGGAGGUGCUGCCGCCAAAGCUGCAGGGCGGGGACAGCUCCCCGGGCGAGGGCGCGUCGGAGAGCGAGACCACGGAGUCGGCAGACAGCGAGAACGACACGGGCGAGUCGCCCUCGCGCCCGUCCUGGGGCCAGUACCGCCGCUCCUCCUCCAGCGAGUCCUUCUCCUCCAACCAGAGCACCGACUCGGCCAAGGAUGAGGAGCUGCCGGAACUCCGGGAGUUCCUGCGCAGCUACGUGGAGAAGAUCUUCUCCGGAGGGGAGGACUUGGGCCAGGAGGAGAAAGCCAAGUUCGGAGAGUACUGCAGCAGUGAGAACGGCAAAGGCCGGGAGUGGUUUGCCCGGUACGUGAGCGCCCAGCGCUGCAACUCCAAGUGCGUCUCGGAGGCCACCUUCUACCGCCUGGUGCAGUCCUUCGCGGUGGUCCUAUUUGAGUGUCACCAGAUGGACGACUUCGGGCCUGCAAAGAACCUCAUGACCAUGUGCUUCACCUACUAUCACAUCGGUAAACCACACCUGCUCCCCUCCGAGUUCAAGGAGAAGCCGGCCGGGAGCAUCGACUCCUACUUGAAAUCGGCCAAUAGCUGGUUAGCGGAGAAGAAGGACAUCGCCGAGCGGCUGCUGAAGAACACGUCGGCCAAGACGGAGAACGUCAAGGGCUUCUUCGGGCUGGAGACCAAGCCCAAGGGGCCCCUGGCCAGGAGAAGCGAGGAGAAAGAGGGCAAGCCCCAGGAGAAGCCGCGGAAGACGGUGACUGUGUGCAGCCCAGAGGAGGAGAAGAAGGGGGAGAAGAUCUACCUGUACACACACCUGAAGCAGCAGCCCAUCUGGCACACGCUGAGGUUCUGGAACGCGGCCUUUUUCGACGCUGUCCACUGUGAGAGGAGAAAGCGGUCUCCCACCACCAGGGAGAGGUGGUGCCACAUGACCCAGGAGGAGCGGGACGACAGCCUGCGGUUCAACGAGAACAUCACCUUCGGGCAGCUGGGCACAUUCACGCACAACAUGCUGGCGUUCGGGCUGAACAAGAAGCUGUGCAACGACUUUCUGAAGAAGCAGGCGGUGAUCGGCAACCUGGACGAGGAGCAGUACAAGCUGCUGAGCGACCACAUCGAGCAGAUGACCACCGAGUAGGCCUCGGGAGGUGGCCCGAGGCUCCCCCAGGAGGACCGUGGGUGCGCGCCUCCUUCCCGGGCCCACGGCUGGCUGUCACCCCCCCCCCCGCCCCCGCAUGACAUUGGCAGCACCAGAGCCGCCCCACACCGCCCUAGAACUAGCGGUUGGAAGAAUCUGGUUUCCUGUUUUCCCUGCCUCCCCUCUGCCUGUGUCUGCUCCCCCAUCUGCGUGCCAAAGUGUCCCUGGGAUUACACAGCUAACACCGAGGUGACUGUCCAUAUCCCCGAGUGGCAGGCCUGCGGCGUGGGACCGAGGGGGCGCAGGAGGGAGGAUGCUGGGUCCAGGAUGGGCACGGCGUCCAUCGUAGCCUCCUGCGGGAGAGGCUGGGGCGCACCUGGGAGGGUAGGGAAGGGCAGCUGUGGGGUGGCACACGCCAGUGACACAGGGCAGUCAGGAGUGAUGAUCGGGGGGCCCCCCUGCAGGGUGGGAUUGGGUUCCUCCCACAGUGGGGUUCCUGCUGAGCGGGGGCCAAGCAGAGGGGGCGGGGGCCUCUGAGUGUCAGUCCACGGCUGGUGCUGGCUCUUUCCCGGGUCCCCUCUCCGUGCAGCAGGGACUGGAGUCCCACGAAGCUCCAGGAGGAGAGGGACACCCCCUAUUCCAGGACGGGAGAGAGAUCGGGGCAGAGGACGUGCUUUCCCGGCUGCAGAAGGCCCGGCCACAGUUGGGUGUGGGCGCCGGGAGACGGCACGGCUCCGAGUGGCUGUGUUGGACCCACAUAGCACUCAGGUGUCUGUGUCAGGCCGUCUGAGAUGUUCCCGCUCAGCCGGCAGCUUGCUUCUGGAGUGGAGAAGCUUCCGCCCCUUGCUCCCUGGGAGUAGCUUGGGGCCAUCAGU